GUCAGGGUUACAGGAUUUAGGUGUUGGAUCUUUUUAUGAUAUUUCGUGAUGAAAAUAUUUCAUCUUAUGUUUCAAUUCAAGUUUGAAAAAUGCCUUAUAAACAGGAAGUUCCAGAUAUUGUCUUAAAUAAGUUAACCAAAUUAUCGCGGCACAAGUUUGCCAGUCUGGUUGAGACGUUUAAACAUGAAUAUCUUUUGGAGCUCAAGUACCCGGGCAAGGGGAGGAACAUUGAGCUUGUGGGCACGAACAAAGACAUCGUGGGGCUCGGGAUGGACGAGCUGCGAGCCAGCGUGGGCCUUAGCUCCCGUUUUCAACUGUCCCCGCGCCUCGAGGCCGGCGGCCGCGUGCUGUGGACCUUCCGGAGACCCGAGGCCGCCCUUGUGCCGGCGCUCUUCCGGGAGGAGCUGAAGGAGAUACGGGAUGUUAAGAGUAUAUUUAUCAGGGAAAAGCACGUAGGUGAAGUUUAUGAAGUUGAAUGCAAUCAAAGGGACUUUGCCAAAGUCAACGCCGUCGUUGAAGACAUCCAGACGAAAAUCCAACAACUCCAGUCGGUGGAAAUCCAAACCGAGGUGGCGACACAAAGACUGGCUGAGGAAUUCCGGAGGAAGUACCGGCGCCACCCGCUAUUCCAAAUUACGACGGGAGGUCAAAUGGUCAAGCGUUUCGGGGAAAAUGACCAGUCGAUUUUGGUGAAGGGUGCGGAAAAGAUGGUCAUACACGCACGGCAAGAGCGGUACCUGGACAUGGGGCAUCACCGGUGGGAGGAGUUCGUGUCAACACACACGGGUCGAGUAGGCCGGCGGUUGCGGAGGAAGGCGGAUCCCCGGGCACUUCCGGCAGAUCUCGUUCUGAAGAUCCGACACAAGCCUGGCUGUGAGACUGUCAUUCAGACCCUGGUCGAAAGGGACUUCAUUCUUGGUUUUCACAUGAAAAAAGUGGGGAAACGAAUCAAGUACAUCAGGAUUUCGGGGAACGAUGACAGUAUUCUGAGUUUAGCCGUGGAUGGGAUAAGGUAUUUUGUAAACGGUUCUAAAGAAGAACGGAAACAGUUUCUAUGGAAAUUCGGUAAGGUGGUUACGGUAUAUCACGGCCGAGAGGCGGAAAACGUGAAGCAUCUCUUCCGGUCUAAACUGCACGAGAUUAAAAACGUCAACCCGAGCGUCACCGUCGGGGAGGAGUGGAAAGAUUUACUAGAUAUAAAGUGUCCCCAUCAGUUUUUUGACAAAGUGAAUAAAAUUAUAAAAGUCAUUGAAAUUGAUCUUGCAAGUUGUGUAUCGGACAGGUUAGUUCUACAGUCGCCCAGCGAGGAAGAUUUGAUACGAAAGUUCGUGAGAUGGUCUGUGGUCGACCGCUGGUAUUGUCACAAGGGCAAAGAGACGGACGGACAGAUGGCCGCUAUCGAUUUCCAUGGACGCAACAGUGAGUUUCUCCUGGAAGGGAAGACGGCCUGGACCACAUUCAAGAUGAACCCAGACACGGGUCGGUCCGACGGGCCAGAUGGAACGCCCCGGUCUGACCGGCCGCCAGAGGGCCUUCACUGCCCGCUUUGUAGGAAAACAUUCAUUCAGCUGCUGAGUUCCGGGGAGAGGCUAGUGGCGGCGCCGUGCGGUCACGUGUUUUGUCGGAAGUGCGUGGAACCCCGGAUAGAGUUGAACCGGAAGUGUCCCCAGGGAUGCCGGCCCCUCGUGGCGCCCAGGGACCUCCUGGAGCUGAGGCUGACAAUGGACGCUGGCGACAAAACGCCUAGACGGAAGCAGAAUGUCGAGGGUUCAACUUACAAUGUAAACAAGCUCUUUCAGUAGAAAUCACCUUCGCCAGUAACUUUUGCUAAUUGAGAACAUUUUCCCAAAUAAGGACAUAUUAGCGUAUAGUAAGCGCCAAUUAUUUAUGAACAUAUUAUUCAAACGGAAUUUAUUUUAACUAUCAAUGGAUGUGCAGAGAUAGAUGGAAUGAUCAAAAACAGAAAUACGGAUAUACGUUUUGCAUUUACAUUUGUGUAUAUGUAACUGUAAACUGUUUCCAAUGUGUUGUUUAAACAAUUCUUAUAUACAAUCAAAAACGUUGGGACCUCGGGAGAUACUUCGAGAAAACGAGCAUUCGAAAUAACCGAAAUACAAAACAUGUCUUUCAUAACGCAAAAUUUCCGACAUAUCCGGAACAUCGAGAUAACAGAGUUCGACAUAGCGAGUUAUAUAAUAAUAUGGAAAUGUCACAAGGACAUGAACCGUCACAAGAAUGUGAAAAAUACCACGGAAAGGCCUCUUUGAGCAGAUAGGCAUUAGUAUUUGGGUCUAUGUGGACAGAUAGUGCAGGCGCGUAGGAAGGAAAUUGACAUUGGGCCGCGGAAAGGGGUGGGCUGGGGAGGGGUGUCCCCUCCCGUCGAGAUUUUUUUUCAAUUUUAAGCAUUGAAAGACUCGAUUUCCAGUGAGUUCAGGUUUUAUUUUCAUGUUUUAUCUAAACCUUUUUUCGGUGAAAAUAACAUUAUGAGCAACAGCGACAUAUUAAUUAUUGCGCAAUCUUAAAUUAUUCUAAACGCCAGCAUCAUUUACUUUGAAAUACUCAUAUUUGCGCAGUCUCACAAUGUAUGUUAAUAACAAAUUAGCACAGUUUACCUCUUCAUGGUGAAGCCACGAAUGACUUUGGAACCAUUGCGAGUUGAAUGCACCGUGUUCAGUGUUUUAGUGCCAAGAGAUUUAAAACUUUAGGCAGAUUUGGAACGUCCAUUUUAAACUUUAAUGUGACGCGUUUGAACAAAUACAAUUGCUGGCUAUUUAAUGACAAAUCUAUUUUAACGAGUAAUUGCAAUUAUCAUAAUCAACUGCAGUUUUUGAAACAUCAAAAACGAUACAAAUAAUUAUUGUCGUAUUGCCUCUUCUUCCACUUACCCGUCUUUAAUAAUCUGCCGAUUGUUUUCACGCCAUUCACACACCAAUAUGCUAGA